AUGUCGAAAAUCCGGAUUCCACUGAUACGGAAAGCCGAUGGCAGCUGGGCGAGGAGUAGCAGAGAGAGGGCGAACGUGUUCGCGGAACACUUUGUGAACGUGUUCCAACCCUUUCCGAACGAGACAAUCGUUGACGAAUCGGGCGAGAUCGAUGAAUUCUUAGAAGCUCCGUUCCAGAUGUCACUCCCUAUAAAACCCGUACGACCAUUCGAGGUGAUGGAUGUCAUCGGGGACCUAAAACCGAGUAAGGCUCCUGGCUACGACCUAAUAACGGGAAGGGUGAUGAAGGAGUUACCUAGAAAGGCCAUAGUGUUGCUGACAACCAUAUUCAAUUCCCUGAUGAGAACGGGUUAUUUUUCCUCCCACUGGAAAAUCGCUCAGCUCGUCGUCAUACCGAAGACGGGAAAAGAUCCAGAAAAGGUCACGUCCUACCGACCCAUCAGCCUGCUGCCGGUGAUGUCCAAGGUUUUCGAGAGGUUAUUGCUCCGUAGGAUCCGUCCAUUCUUGUGCGAGGAGGGUGUGAUUCCGGACCACCAGUUCGGAUUCCGACGACAUCACUCCACCAUCGAGCAGAUCCAUCGCGUGACGAACGACAUCAGACGAUCCAUGGAGGGAAAGCAGUACUGCUCCGCUGUGUUCCUUGACAUAACACAAGCCUUCGACAAAGUGUGGCACGCGGGUUUGCUCUACAAAAUUAAGAGUACGCUGCCUCACACCUUUUACAGCUUAUUAAAGUCAUUUUUGUGUGAUAGAUUCUUCCAAGUGAAGAUGGAGGGUGAAGUAACACAGCUGUAUCCAAUCGGAUCGGGCGUGCCGCAGGGAAGCAUCUUGGGACCGGUGUUGUAUAAUCUAUUUACGCACGACCUGCCGACAUCCCGGGAAACCACUAUAGCUACCUACGCCGAUGACGUCGCGAUCCUUUCGUCCAACGGGGAUCCGGUUAUUGCUGUGCGUGGACUCCAGUGUCAUCUCGACGCGUAUCAGGGUUGGCUCAGCAAGUGGCGGAUUAAAGUCAACGAAACCAAAUCCAGCCAUGUCACCUUCACCCUCAGAAAGGGAAUCUGCCCCCCGGUCACACUCAACAACAAAAUCAUCCCGCAGGCCGACGAUGCCAAGUGCCAAGAUGCCAGUCCAAGUGUCUGCGAACCCUGGUGCACUCCCCCUGGUACGUGA